ACCGGAAUUUUAUUUUAGUAAUCAGUUUACGAUCUGUAAAAAGAUUUACGAUCUAUAAAAAGAAAAUGUUAUAUGCGCAUGAAUACGCAAAUAUCUAUUUUCUGAAAACAUGUGAUCAUGUGACAGGAAUUUUAAUGUUACUAAAAAUUAUUUAUGAUUUUCAUUCUAGAAACACAAUGUAAUGUGCGCAUACGCAAAUACGACCUAUUUCCUGAAAAUAUGAAAGUGCGUGACUGGAAGUUAAAUAUAGUACGGCUCUCAGUUACCUGUUUUAUUGCUGCAUCUUUACUAAUCAUAUAUCAAUUUUAACCGGGAUUUAUGUUUAAACUUUCAGCUACUGGGCUAAAUUGUGUAGUUUUUUUUUUAUAUAAAUAUUAGUUGUAUGUGACUUACACAUAUUGUACCAAUGAUGACGUAACUUCCUUUUCCUUUCUGAAAUGAUCUCAAACGGAAACUGCAUUUGUUCUUCCAAGAGUUAAAAUGCUAUUGACAGUAUAGGGAUUACCAUGUCUUUAGAACUCUGCAAGACCCUUAGAUACCUAGAGAGGCGAGAUUCUCCACGCCUUAUUGUUUCUGGUAUUUUCCUCCAAGACGGUCGGGCAGCUUUCGUUGACAGAAAGAAUUCUAAACUUCUCAUAACCAACAUUGACAAAGAGUCGUAUAAUGAGGUAGAUCUUCGUGGCAUUUUGUCUUUUGAAUACCAACAAUCUGCGGAAAGAAAAGGGUCUCAAUCGAACGACCGGGACUUUAAAACUCAGAAUGCGGCAUAUGGUUUUUAUCGAGAAAAAGAUGAAAAGGAAUCUGGAAAGCAGGGCAAACACAUACGCAAGAGCAAUAAUCCUCAGCCAUCCGAUAUCAACAAAAGUUCGAGAGAAAAUGAGUUCGUCAUAACAUUUACGAUGACCGACCACUCGAUCGCUGUUGUAUGCACGUUGAUGCUGCAGCCUCUCCGUCUCCAGAGGUCCUUCUCCAUUGUGGUGAGGGACAGGACAAGAACAGUAGUUGCACUGACUCCUGAAGUUUUCGCAGCUUCAACACCAGAGAAUAUCGUUGUUUUGUCCAAGGACGGCGAUAACCUGGCUAUGUUCAGACGACAGAAGAUAGACCGAGGCGGUCUUUUGAUGACAGACGGAAUAGGGAAGCUAUACUUCGGAGAUGGGGACGAGUUCGUGGCAUGCAAAUGGGACGGCGUCAAACUUGCAGCAGUUUUGAGAUUUUCUGACCCUUCGAUGAAAUUUCCUCGUGGAUCCACCUUGAAUUCUUCCGGUCAGAUUGUCGUUUGCUGCGAUUCAUCUCACAAUAUCUUUAGCGUAUCGCCCGACGGAUCAGCUGGACAAAAGAUUUUCCUGGACAGGGGAAAAUCGUUCGGAGAUGUUGACGCUCAUCCAGACGGACGGAGGUUCCUGGUCACAUUUUGGCAGGAGAAUGAGUGGCCACUUAUCUUGCAAAGAAGAGAGUAAUGCCGGUGACAAACGGAACCAAAUAUUAUCAAUUUUGCUGCAGUUUUAUUCGUUUUUCAUUUAUAAUAACUAUUGUUUUCAUUCAGCUGCCGUUUAUUCGUGAUUCUUUUGAAGAAAAUAUCGCGCAUCUAACAAUUUAACUUAAUGUCCAUUGUGUGUAACACAUAUAUAUGUAACUGCGUGUAUAAUACAACAAUUGGUUAUCGAAGGCUGUGUCAUUCUUUGUGUGAGAGCAAAAAUCAAACACACGCAAAAUGCAUUCUUGAUUGGACGUUCAUGUAUGUUUCUUCGUGUUUAUACGUUUCUACAUAAAUAGCUGAUUUAUUUCUGAAUGUUUUAUUUAGUUAAAUGGAAUGAAACGUGUUUUACUGACUGAACGAUUAC